AUGGUAACAGUAACGGUUGGAGAUAUAUGUUGUACGGACCAAGAUUGUAUCGACAUUGGCAUUCCAAGAUGUAGGCGCACAGGGAGGAUGCCAAUCUGUUACAAUGGCUAUUGUAGCUGUUUCGCUAAAAGGCCUCCUGCAGCUUUCACCACUCCUUCAUCAACCUCCAACUCUAGAUCUUCAUAA